AGUGAACAAAAAGUCAAAACGCAUCUGCAUAAUCAAAAGAAAGAGAACAAAACUAUACCUCAGUUCAGAUCAGAGUCUUCAGAUGUGAUUGUAUGAUUAUUGAUUUAGAUCGGAGGAAGCCAGUAGAGAGAGAAUGAGAAACGCUGGGAGCAAGAGCUGAGACUUGAGAGAAAGAGGCAGAGAGCAGGAAUGAGAAAUAAAAACGACGGCAUGAUUUUGGCUCUUCUCAAAGACUAUUGCAUGUCAAGGUGCCCUUAAACCAACAUGACAAGACGUUGAAAAUUAAAGUUUGACAAAGAGGAGGACGAAGUUGUUGGAAAGCUAUUUAGCGAAAACGAUUUUUUUUCGUCUUAGCUUGCUGCCUCAUUCUUCAUGGCAACCAAUAGAUUAAGUUGAUUAACGUCAAGCCCAAGACCAACGCGCUGCGGAAAAAUCAUAAACGUUGACUUCAGAUAUUCAAAUAUCCCCAUGUAAAUUAAAUCUCUGUCUCUUUACCAUUUUUUAAUCUCAUCAAGCUCUCUCCCUUUCCCUAUAAAUUAAGCCUAAUGUAUUGAGUGAAUUCCAUCUCCACAUCACAUAUAUUUUUUGAACUCUCUCUUUUUGAAACCUCAAUGGCUUCAAAGGUCUUCACUUUCUUUACAUUUUCAUGUUUCGUUUUCCUUGCCCCGUUUGCCUCUCUAUCUUUUGCUGAUUCAAAGAGCAAUUCAACCAGCCCAGUCUCACCAGGAACCAUUUGCAAGUCCACCCCAGAUCCUCACUUUUGCAAAACAGUGCUCCCUAACCAAACCGCCAAUGUCUAUGACUAUGGCAGGUACACGGUCCGAAAAUCUUUGUCUCAAUCCCGCAAGUUUUUGUCAAUGAUAGACAAGUAUCUAAAGCAAAGCUCCACUUUAACAAAUUCAGCAAUUCAAGCCCUCGAAGAUUGCAGGCAACUAGCUGAACUCAACAUGGAUUUCCUUUUGAGCUCAUUCCAAACUGUGAACAACACUAGUAAAACUCUUUCUAGUGCAAAAGCUGAGGACAUCCAAACCUUGCUUAGUGCUAUUCUAACCAAUGAGCAAACUUGUCUGGAUGGCCUACAAGUCACAGCUUCAGCUUGGAGCGUAAGGAAAGGCCUCACUCUCCCACUUUCAAAUGACACUAAACUAUACAGUGUCUCUCUGGCUCUUUUCACCAAGGGGUGGGUGCCUAAGAAAAAGCAGAACACAACAUGGAAACCUAUUAAGAGACAACUUGGUUUCCGAAAUGGACGCUUACCCUUAGAGAUGUCAAGCAAGACACAAGAAAUAUACGAGUCAGUUAGUCGGAGAAAGCUAAUUCAGUCACAGGGUGUUGAUGAGGUGGUUGCGGUGUCUGACAUCGUGACUGUGAGUCAAGAUGGAAGUGGAAACUUCACCACCAUCAAUGAUGCUAUUUCUUCAUCUCCAAACAAUUCUGCCCUGACUAAUGGGCACUUCUUGAUCUAUGUCACGGCUGGUGUGUAUGAAGAGUACGUGUACAUUGCCAAGAACAAGAGGAACUUGAUGAUGAUAGGAGAUGGUAUCAAUCAGACAAUUAUCACAGGCAACCGCAGCUUCGUGGACGACAACACAACCUUCAAUUCUGCAACAUUUGCUGUGGUGGCAACAGGGUUUGUGGCAGUAAACAUAACUUUUCGCAAUACUGCUGGGGCAAUUAAGCACCAAGCAGUAGCAGUUCGAAAUGGAGCUGAUUUGUCCACAUUUUAUAGCUGCAGCUUUGAAGCCUAUCAAGACACCUUAUAUACACAUUCUCUCAGGCAAUUCUAUAGAGAGUGUGACAUAUAUGGCACCGUAGAUUUCAUAUUUGGCAAUGCUGCGGCUAUUUUCCAAAAUUGUAACAUAUACCCACGAUUGCCAAUGAGUGGACAAUACAAUGUCAUCACAGCACAAGGUCGAAGCGAUCCGAAUCAAAACACGGGUACCUCGAUUCAAAAUUGUUCUAUUAGAGCUGCCGAUGAGUUGGCUUCGAGCAAUAUUACUUUUCAGACAUACCUAGGAAGGCCAUGGAAGAAUUUCUCUAGGACAGUUUACAUGGAAACUUUCCUGGAUGGUUUGAUAAACCCUGCUGGUUGGAUUGCUUGGAGUGGAGAUUUUGCACUAAGCACAUUGUAUUAUGCCGAGUAUGAUAACACGGGACCUGGAUCAAACACUACAAACAGAGUUUCAUGGCCUACUUACCAUGUGAUUAAUAAUGAUACGGAAGCUGCUAAUUUCACUGUGGCUAACUUCUUGCUGGCUGAUGAUUGGUUGCCUCCAACGGGAGUACCUUACAAUGGUGGCUUCACUUGAGGAGCUUCUUAUGUAUAUAUAGGCUAUAGCUAGCUGUUUGUGACCUUGUUCUUUCACAUAUACUUUAUUAUUUAUUUAUUUUGUCAUCAUUAAUUGUUUAAUUAAGUAUAAUAAGGAUGUAAUGGCCAAGCUUCUACAAAGUACAGCUUGGUUUUGACCAGUGAGGAUCAACUGUAUUGUACACUUAAAUUACUUAAUACAAGAAUGUCAAUUACUU